UCUUGAAGAAGGCACGUGAAAGGGACAAUAAGACGUACUGGCCACAAGACGACUUCAAGGUGACGAUACGAUACGGUAUAAACUCCAGAAGUGUCAGCAUGGAGGUGAACAUAAGCGAGUCGUGGCCUGGGCUGAUGUACAAGCAAACGCAGCCGGCGAUUGCUCUGUUCUCCGUCGGGUACUCGGUGGUCUUCGCGGGGACAGUGAUAGGGAACCUCAUCGUAGUGGUGGUCAUAGGCCGUAACCGCCACUUGUGGGGAGUCACCAACACCUUCAUCUUCAACCUGGCGCUCAGCGACCUGCUCAUAGCUUUCUUCUGCAUUCCCUUCACCUUAGUCAACCAUAUCUUUAUCGAAAAUGUGUUUGGUGACGCCAUGUGCCGUGUGAAAGCCUUGGCGCAGGGUCUGUCCGUCGGAGCGUCUGUGUUCACACUGACAUCCAUCGCAGCUGACAGGUACGUUGUCAUCGUUCAUCCCCACCGUGAGCGAUUAACGAACAAUCAGGCCCUGUGGGUCAUCUUUGGUGUGUGGAUCGCAUCGGCAGCCAUCAUGACUCCCCAAGCAGUGGUGUCGCACGAAAAAGAAUUCCUCUUCGAGAACCAGACCUUCGACAUCUGCGGCGAGUUCUGGCCAUCUGAAGGCUCCCGACAGGGCUAUACGGCCGCGCUGUUUGUCCUGUGCUACGUCGCACCGCUGGUGGCGAUCAGCUUACUCUACUCCAAGAUCGCAGCCAAAGUCUGGUUCAAGCCACGGCCGGGGGAAGCUGAUGGCGGCAACAGGAAUCCAGUCCCGGUCGGCGUCUCGGCCUGCAGGAUGCGAGUCAUCCGCAUGACCAUCACACUCGUGGUGGUGUUCGCCACGACCUGGAUGCCCCUCUACAUCUCCACGUUGCUAGAAGACUUCGGAAACUUGAGCCCUCAGCAGCAGGCUAACCUCCAUCACUACGUCUACCCGACUGCUCACCUGAUCGCUUACGCUAACAGCUUCAUCAACCCGCUGGUGUACGGACUUUUCACCACGAACUUCAGGCAGCAUUUCAAGCAGACCUUUCGAACGGGUUCGAGCUCACGGCCGAUGUCACUGGCAAUGACCAAACUUCGUCGGGGCAAUGCACAUGGCGAUGUACAGAAUGGCACGGCAAACUCGACCCCUAUGACAAGCCUGAAGGUGAAUGUCAUCAAUGGCAAUGGCAACAGGAUUAAAGGUGUCGUCACCACCGUAGUGAGAAAUUCCAACAUUGUUCAAGAGACGACACUCUAAAGUGUAUGUUUUUCCUUACAAAUAAUCUACAUUCACAGUUCUGGCCUAGCCUUCAUAGCAGGCUCUUUGGACCUCUUUUCGCCAUUUUGAGCUCAUAAAAAAUAUAAUAAAUAACGCUACAGUCUUGCUGGCCGUUUCUUUUUUGUACUGCAUCGCUUGCGCUACCGUUAUGGGCCUUCCAGCGGACUUGGAAUUGCCUCAUACGGACUUGUGAAUUAUUCCUAACAUAGAUCACCAGGCGUAGGGGUGUUAAUAGAGCCAAUGAAAUGAUAUUUUUAAAUCUCCUUUCUCUUUGAGACGCCGAAUUAAUGUAGUGUUUUAUUUGCAAAAUCAUGACCGAAGGCUGAUUGCGCUGUACAGUCUCAAAGACUAAGAGUAGAAGAUGUGAUACAUAACACUACCAAUAGUCAAUUAUAGGCACAAUAUGGCACAUUAUGGUACAAUAUAGGCAGGCAGACUCUACGGGCCGGCAGCACAAGCAACCCAGUACAAAAAGAAACGGCCAUCAGACUUGUAUUAUGAGCCCCAAAAGACGACAAAAGGCCCAGAGAGCCUACUAUGGAGGCUAGUUCUAACCAUCAAUUCAGAUAAAUACCAUCAUGAACUAAACAUAUGGAAUACUCCAAAUAAAGAUCAUGAACAAUGUGUCUUGUCUGAAUUGCCCCCCCCCCCUCAAUUCCCUAAAUUUGGACCAAAGCAUUCAAAGCCCUUCAAAAAUGAUACUUUGUAACUACAUUAAUGUACUUCAAAUGUAGAGGACAUAAAAGCUAUUUGUAUUAGUUAAAAUACAAAAUUUAAUGUAUUGUCUAAACUUUGUGCACUGCGUACGUAGCAGCUCAUAUUUAUGACAAAUUAUACAAUAUACUCGCGGCCCAGGCCCAGAAAAAAUAACAUAAAACUUGUGUUACUUGCAUCACUUCCACAAGAUUGGUAAUAAAGGAUGCUCCUGUUAUAAGCAAUCACAAAUUUUAUCGUUAGACGUAACCCCAAAAAAAAAACACGAAAAUCCAUUUUUUUUUAAAUUUGGGUGAGUCAUAAUCUUUGAAGAAUCAAGAUAUAAAUUUUAGAUGUCUGAUUUUUGAUUUAGUACUUACCCGUUGCACUGUCUUUAAGAAACAUGUUUAUCAUCAUGGUGAUAUGUAUAUAGUAGGAAAAAGCGGAAAGUCUAUUUGUGAAGAUAUAACGUUAAACUACUUUGCGUGCUGCAUUGUCAAGUGGUAUCUAAAUUUGUAUGGGAACUAACAUUACCCGUGGCCAGGAUCGAAAAUGGGGCAAUUUCGGUCGCAAUCCUCUCAGCAGUGAUAGCCAUAUUUCAAAUCAUAAUCACACAAGAACCAUGGACAAUUAUUUUUGCGAUACGACAUCAUUGGAUUUGUCAGGCAUGUGGAACAGGACAGACCAUUCAGCCUACAAAAGCUUUUAGCUUAAGACAUAGAUUACAUAUGAUGCGAUUUAAUGGCAACAAGUUUUCCUAUAGCCUCCUUGAUUGGAAGUAGCUCCAUGAGUACGGACUUGGACAGUAGCCAAACUACAAAGGUUAUGAUUCCCUCUUUGUCUGGUAACUACUUUCCCACCUACUUUAAGCUGUAUAAUGGGGGCCAAGUGUAACAGAGGACACAAUAGGAGAGUAAAGGUCAAAGAGGUCCUUGAUUUUUGAAGUGAUAUAUUGAUGUUGACAGUCAAAUGGUUAAUAUUUCUGAUACAUUAGCAUUUCUUUUCAAUUAAUAACCUUCAAUGUAGGUAAGGGUUAAGGCCUCCAUUGGCUGUUUGCCCAGCACGUCUGUGAGCAAGGAGCAGACUGUGUCAAUGCUGUGCUAUGAUUGUGAUGAUAUAUUUUUUAGUUAAAUUCAAUGCCUUCUUCUUCAGCCAAACUCAUUUCAAUACUUUUCCGAAGAGUGGUUAAUAUGAUUAUCUUUACUUCUUUAACGCCCAGAUAUCUAAUCUUGCACUGCACAUUUACUACAUACUAUAAAAUAUCAUCUUGACGAACAGUGCUAAUCACAGGAGAAAAGACAACUUUAUUUAAUCCAGAAUUUCCCUCUACAAGUGUUUGUAUGUGUGUUUGUGUGUGCAAUGUUGGUGUGCAUGAACAGAAUAACAUAACACUUAAUACACGGAUAUCUACAUGUAGCAGUAUACAUGAUUCCCUUGUUGGACAUUUGCCUGAAGAAAACUCUAGGGAAUAUUUCAGAUCAAGCUUGUCAGCAGUUGAAUGUGGAUAAAGGCAAAAUAUUCACAUUUGAAUCCUAGACAGUUUGGAGAGAACGUCCGGUAGUUGCUGAUUCAAACUUUUGACAAAGAAGUAACCAAUCUCAUGGCCCUAUUCCAGAUCUACAGUAACUUUGGAAUGAUUCUUAAUAAAUUUUAGAUGCAAGGCUAUUAAGAUAAAACAGUGCAAUGGUCUUUUGAUAAAACAUAUUUCUACAAUUUAGAUUCAUUUCUAGUAAACAAAAGUUUUUUUUGAGUUGUAUAGAUCAUGUUACAUUUUAUGCAGAGUAAUGAUUUUAAUGAUGUAGUUUCAAUCAAUGCCAUUUGUUAUUGUUAACGUUUGAUGAUGUAUAUUACAUUUUAUUAUCAUCUAGAUUAUAAUGUAUAUUACAUUUCAUUACUAAUGAGUUUCUGACAGGGGGCAUGAUAGCUUCUGCAACCCCUGCAUGUUUUCUUUUCAUUCUGUGUUAUCAUUUGUUUGUAAUUGUGGAAUAUGUGCUGAUAAAUAAACCCAAUCAAAUCUAAUCUGUGCAUACACAUGUUACAUGUAGCUGGGGUGCUUACACCAGAUAUCUACCAAACACAAUGUUGUUUUGUGUGGUGGAUUACAUAGCACCUAACCCAGCAGGUAAAUGUUAAUAGAGCUUGGUACUAAUUCACAAAAGGGCAAUCCAACUGGGAGAGCUCAGAGUCGUGUUGAUGUUAAUAUGCCUAAUAUGCAGUAUGUAUAAUGACAUGGAUUCAGUCACUCUAAGUGCUUUUCUUGUUUGAUUGGAUCAAUGUACAUGUGUAAGGCAGAAGUGCCACGGAUGUAGAAGUGUCUCAAACUAAGUGAAAAAUCACAACCUAAAAUAUCGAGCUUGCAACAGCAAUAUUAUUCCACAUGGUAAACUAAGUCUAACUAAAGUCAUUUGCCUCCUUCACAAUUGGAUACAUUUCAUACAACACAUUUCUCUAAUAUUUGCAGCAAAUAGUCAUAGCUGGAAAUAUCUAAAUAACACUGUAAGUUAUUUACUCACUUUCUUCCUGUUUGCUGUUAUCAUCUAAUACAAUGUACAUUAAACACAAAAGCAGACAAACUUGCAUAGAAUUAAGCUACAGAAUGUUACUGUCACUGCUCAAUCACAUAAAAAUUAUAUUUCAUAAUUCAUGUCAUUCUACUGAAACUAAAACUAAGGCAUUGAUAUUGACACUUAAAGACAAUUAUAGUUAUUUCUAAUCAUACAUAUUUAUCUUUAUAUACUUAAUACAUUGUAUUUGAGUGUUAUGCUAUCUAAUCUGAUGUUUAUACAUUUAAUACACUAUCAGUUGUGUCGUUGUUGGUAUUGUUAAUUGCAAUCAUGGAAUAAUGUACAAUUUUGUGUGCAAUCAUGUAAAAUUUAGUUUUUUCCUAAACUGUAGUGCCUGUAGUUUUGACGCCCAGGCUUUUGACAGGCAAUCUAUUGAUUGUAUAUUGUUGAUUCUGUUGUGUAACGUGGUAAGUUCAUUGUUACACAUAUUAAUUAUAGUUUUUCUUGUUGCUAGCAGUUGUGCCAUGAUGAUAGUUUAAAUCAACAGACUGGUGUUUCACUUAAAAAUGAUUACCUUACUGAUUAACAAAUGAGACUCAAUGUGCCAAAUUGAAAAAAACAACAACU